AUGGAAAAAAUAUCCAUCGGAUACCGCAUCGACGCACGCUUAAACAAUCAAACGCAGAACAAAAAGACAGUAAUGUGGAAAUGGAUAAUGCAGGAGCGGCCCUCGCAGAUAGAGAGCACGCUGCGAGCGGACGCGGCUCCCCUGCCCCACAAAUGCCACGUUCUCCCGUUCGGGCUACGGGGCCUCCGAAUCGAAAUCGAAUAUCUCCUAAUCGUCGCGGAAUCCGCUCAGUCGCCCGCCGCCCUCGCCACAGAGCCGCAGCCGGCAUCGCGGUGGAGAGGAUGUGUGAUUAGUUUUAUCCUUCGCCCCUCACUCCCCCCCCCCCCCCCCCCCCCCCCGCCGCGUGCCGCCGCCCCCGCUUCCCGCGCCCGUUCUUCGCCGGCUCUAUCUUGUAACGCAAAUGAAUCGGUCGCAAUAUGGCUGGAAGGACUCAAGCGCGUGCCAGCAAAUUGGGAUCAA